AUGUUGUUCGAUCAUAUCGCUGCACCUCUCUUAGAUGAUUUCGACUUCGAUGGCAAAAACGAAACGAACAUAGACAUAUUCAACAGCAAACUCAAAGAUGCUUUUCAUCAACGUGCUUAUAAUUGUUGGAUUGCAGCUUUUCUUUACGUUGGUCUCUUAGUCUUUGCUGGCGUUCAAUUUAUGACGAAUAUGAAGAAAUCUUCUCGAACAAAUGUUCCUACUUCGAUCACAUCGCCAUUCGCUGGGGUAACAACCGAACAAAAUGGUUUUAAUUCGCAACACGGCAUUCAGUUCACUAAUGAUCACAGUGAAACAUAA